AUGGAGCCCACCACCAAGAAACCCGUCGAACCACCUAAGAAGCGCCGCAUUGGUGUCCUCACCUCUGGAGGUGAUGCCCCUGGCAUGAACGGCGCCGUUCGCGCCGUGGUCCGCAUGGCCAUCCACUGUGACUGCGAGGCCUAUGCCGUCUUUGAAGGCUACGAGGGGUUGGUCAACGGCGGCACCAUGAUUCGCCAGCUGUUCUGGGAGGAUGUUCGCGGAUGGCUGUCGCGUGGUGGUACCUUGAUCGGUUCAGCUCGGAGUAUGGCCUUUCGAGAGCGAGCCGGCCGUCUGCGAGCCGCGAAGAACAUGAUUCUGCGAGGCAUUGACGCAUUGGUCGUCUGCGGUGGUGACGGUAGUUUGACCGGUGCCGACGUCUUCCGUGCUGAAUGGCCUUCGUUGCUAUCCGACCUCAUUGCGGCCGGCGAGUUGACCCAGGAGCAGGUCGAACCCUACAAGGUUCUGAACAUUGUUGGUCUGGUCGGCUCCAUUGAUAACGACAUGUCUGGCACCGACGCCACGAUCGGCUGUUACUCGUCGCUGACCCGGAUUUGCGAUGCGGUCGACGAUGUCUUCGACACCGCGUUCUCGCACCAACGUGGAUUCGUAAUUGAGGUGAUGGGUCGUCAUUGUGGUUGGCUGGCAUUGAUGUCCGCCAUUAGCACGGGCGCAGACUGGUUGUUCAUCCCCGAGAUGCCCCCGCGGGAUGGGUGGGAGAAUGACAUGUGUGACAUCAUCACCAAGAACCGCAAAGAGCGAGGAAAGCGACGUACUAUCGUGAUCGUCGCCGAGGGCGCACAAGAUCGCCAACUCAACAAGAUUUCGAGUUCGACCAUCAAGGACAUUCUUACACAGCGGUUGGGUCUGGAUACCCGAACCACAGUCUUGGGCCACACACAGCGAGGUGGAGCCGCUUGCGCAUAUGACCGCUGGCUCUCAACUCUACAGGGUGUCGAGGCUGUUCGCGCUGUUCUGGAGAUGUCCCCCCAAUCUCCUUCUCCGGUCAUUACUAUCCGCGAGAACAAGAUCAUGCGAACUCCCCUGAUGGAGGCAGUUCAAGCCACCAAAGAUGUCACAGCAAAAAUCCAUGACAAAGAUUUUGCCGCGGCUAUGACUUUGCGUGACGCCGAGUUCAAGGAAUACUACCAUGCGUAUCUGAAUACAGCAACCCCAGAUCACCCCAAAAUGAUUCUACCCCAAGGCAAGAAAAUGCGGAUUGCCAUCAUCCACGUCGGCGCCCCCGCUGGCGGCAUGAACCAAGCCACUCGCGCCGCUGUGGCCUACUGUUUGACUCGAGGUCACACUGCUCUUGCAAUUCAUAACGGUUUCCCUGGUCUUUGUCGACACCAUGCAGACAAGCCCCUUAGCUCGGUGCGGGAGGUUCGAUGGCUCGAGUCAGACAGCUGGGUCAACGAAGGUGGUUCGGAUAUUGGCACCAACCGUAGCCUGCCCUCGGAAGACAUGGAGGGCACGGCCAAAUGCUUUGAACUCUACAAGUUUGACGCUCUAUUUGUGGUGGGUGGCUUCGAGGCAUUCACGGCUGUCAGCCAACUGCGCAAAGCUCGUGAGAAGUACGAUGCUUUUAAGAUCCCGCUCGUCGUCCUGCCCGCCACUAUUUCCAACAAUGUUCCCGGUACCGAGUACUCGCUUGGUAGCGACACCUGCUUGAACACGUUGAUCGACUUCUGUGACGCCAUUCGACAGUCUGCUUCCUCUUCUCGUCGCCGUGUCUUUGUGAUCGAGACACAAGGUGGCAAGUCGGGCUACAUUGCAACCACCGCCGGCCUUGCGGUUGGAGCAGUGGCUGUGUAUAUCCCUGAGGAGGGCAUUGACAUCAAGAUGCUUUCGCGUGAUAUUGAUUUCCUGCGUGAUAACUUCAUUCGUGACAAGGGUGCUAACCGUGCGGGCAAGAUCAUUCUUCGCAACGAAUGCGCUUCUAACACCUACACAACCCAAGUAGUUGCCGACAUGAUCAAGGAGGAAGCGAAGGGCCGAUUUGAGUCGCGAGCAGCCGUUCCUGGUCAUUUCCAGCAAGGUGGAAAGCCAUCACCCAUGGAUCGUGUCCGUGCUCUGCGGAUGGCCAUCAAGUGCAUGCAGCACAUCGAAUCCUAUGCCGGUCAAAACCGUGACGCUAUUGCUGAAGAUCCUCUCUCUGCGGCUGUUAUUGGUGUCAAGGGUUCUCAGGUUCUGUUCUCCCCCAUGGGCGGUGAAACUGGCCUUGAAGAGAGUGAGACCGACUGGUCUCGCCGUCGCCCCAAGUCGGAGUUCUGGCUUGAACUUCAGAAUGUGGUUAAUGUCCUGUCCGGUCGGUCCUCUGCCAGUACCCAGGAAAGCUGGGGAGGAUUUGAGAGUAUGUAA